CCCGGAUGUGGGUGACGUGCGGCCGCCAUCUUCCCGUCCCGGGCAGCCAGCGCCAGUCGGAGCCAGCGCGAGCCGCCGCCGCCGCCGCCACCGCCACCCCUGCUGCUGCCAAGUCCUCCGCCCGCUGCCCCCGCCAUGUCGGCAACCGCUGCGACCGCACCCCCCGCCGCCCCAGCUGGGGAGGGAGGCCCCCCCGCGCCCCCUCCAAACCUCACCAGUAACAGGAGACUGCAGCAGACCCAGGCCCAGGUGGAUGAGGUGGUGGACAUUAUGAGGGUGAACGUGGACAAGGUCCUGGAGCGGGACCAGAAGCUGUCGGAACUGGACGACCGCGCCGACGCACUCCAGGCGGGGGCCUCCCAGUUUGAAACAAGUGCAGCCAAGCUCAAGCGCAAAUAUUGGUGGAAAAACCUCAAGAUGAUGAUCAUCUUGGGAGUGAUUUGCGCCAUCAUCCUCAUCAUCAUCAUUGGUGAGUCGGGCGGGAGUGGCUGGGGCCCUUUGUCGGAGAGGUUCCCCCCCUGACGUCUGGGUUUUGAAGGUCAUUAACCUCGUUUUUACUAUUCAGCAAAGAGCACAUAGAGCUGCCAAUAGCAGUUCUGAUUCAUCUAGCGCCCCAAACCUCAGUGUUGUUGAGCUUGUACUUUGCCUGGUUCUGGGCACUUUCUGGUAAGAUUUUUGGAAACCGGAAAGCCGGUGGAGAUCUCCACUGCUCCCUUGAGGACCCUUUGGGUUUGUCCCGUAUGGGAACCCUGGAAUUGGGGUGUGGGGGAGCAGCGAAGACUCAGGGGCUUGAGAAAUGGCUAGGAAGCCAACCACCCUAUUGGUUGAGAGCUGUGGUCUCAGAGGCUCCGAGGAUUCGGGGUCUGUGGCCCCAAAGCCAUACCGUGACGUUGAAGAGACCUUGAAGCUGACCUGUGCAGCUUCCUUGCUUUCAGAUGGAGGAUCUGGGACCAGGAGGGGAAGGGACGGUCAGCCAGCUGGGAGGUGGGGAAGGUGGGAGCAGGGCCGGGCCUGACACGCUGCUUUCUCUCUUUCUCUUUCUUUCUCCCCUCUUCUUCCUUCUCUUUCCCUCUCUGCAGUUUACUUCAGCUCUUAAACCCCUGAGGAGCCUGCCCUGCCCAGAGAAGGGCCUCUCCCCCCCAUCCCCAGCCGCUCCUCCACCUCUCAGCCAUAUCUUCCAGCCCCCUCCUCCCCCGGGAUCCGUGUGUGUGUGUCGUGUGUGUGCCCCCUUGUAAAUAGCCAGCUGUUAUUUAUACAUAUAUAAUAUUAUAUAUAUUUGGUCUGUUUGUAGUUUUAUUACUAGAAGAUUUUUCCGGUUGUCCUUAACACCCCUUCCUGAGGUUCCCAUCGCCUCCUUUUGCCCCUCCUCUCCUCUCCUCUCCCUCUCUUCCUCACCAGCCCCAACUCCCUUCAUUUGCAUCUGCUAUGCAAUAGUCCCUCUUCCUCCCCUCCUUCCCUUGGAUUUAGCUGAUCCUUCCUCCUGCCCUGGUCUUCCCCAUACACCCCCUCACCCCACCCCACCCCCCGACAAAAAAAAAAAAAAGAAAAAGCAGCUGUCCAGGACUCCCUAGGUGCAUCUUCUUUGCAUCAUUGGGAGGCUCUGAGACUGGUCCCUUUUGGUCCUAAGAAUCCCAAGGUCUUCUGGGAGCUUCCAGCAUGUUAAUUAGCAUCAUUUGCAUACUGACAUCCCUUUUGGUUUCCUUUUUUUCUCCAUCAGGCUUCUGUUCAUUCUUUCAACUUGUGUUUCUUUUUUACUGAGGAGUUAGUCCCUAUUGGUCUGGUCCUUGUAUCACACUUUUCAUUUGCAUGACAUUACUUGCAGGUGGUAGGGAGCCUGGGCAUUGGGGGUGUCAGGCUGUUCUGGCCCCCCAGAAUUGCCCUCUCCUAGCUCCUCCAGUCCAGUUUGCCUCCCCUUCCCCGAUUUUCCAAACCUCUUGUCCCUCCUUCCCCUCCCCCCAGCUGGUGUGUACGUGUCUUGAAGUUCAGUGUAUUAUGAUGGACCAAUAAUUCUGCCACUUGGAGUCUCUCCCCACAUUCCUGCUCCCCAGUUUUCAAGUGGGGUGCUCAAUUGACAUUCCCAUGGGGUCUCCCUCCCUCCCAUCUGCCUGACCCGCCUCCUCCUCCUCCCAGCAGGAGAGUUGGGGGUUGGCCACAAUCUGAUUUUUCUUGGGAGAGGUGGCUACCUGUGUGUGUGUGGGGUCAUCACUGCCUUGGGGAGGAGUGGGGCAGGGCAAAGAAUCCUCCCAAUUCCUGCCUGAAAUCUCUGGCCCCACCCCUGCUGGGGGUUUGACUGAAAGCCCUCCUCACCCAUUUGGGGGGUGUUGCCCUAUCAGCUCCUCUGAUUGCCCCCCUGAAUUCGGGGCAGGGGUUUUAGUCACUGCCAAUGUGUGUGUGGGACCUGCCGGAAGGUGGUGAUUCUUGCCCCUCUCCAGGGUGGUGGAGCCCAGAGAGAGCUGUCUCCUCCUUAGGUGAAAUGAUAAGGAAGGAUGUAACGUCUUUUUUAAUGGCACAAUUUGGGGGGUCUGAGGGUGCAGUCCCUUAACCUGCCACUGGAAGGGACCGCCUAAACUCUUCCCCCCACACUCAAAGGUUUCUGUGUGGAGGGGGAGCAGGGAGAUCAAAGCUGUGUUGUGAAAGGGUAGGGAAAGAUGCUGGGGGUGGGGGUGCUGUGUUCUAGACCCCCUUAUUAUCCCAGUGUCCCCUGCCCCACCUUCCCUCACCCCAUGCCCCCAAUUCUGUGGCGCAUCCAGAUUGUGAAAAUGUACAAUAAAUGUGUAAUGAGUAA